UCAUUCAGGCACUUCUGUCUGUGUUCAGACUGUAGGUCAAUCGCUCUGCAUUAUUUCCUCCAAACUUCACAUUAUCACUAAAAAUCAUCCACCAUGAGGGAGAUUGUGCACAUCCAGGCCGGCCAGUGCGGGAACCAGAUCGGUGCAAAGUUCUGGGAGGUGAUCAGCGACGAGCACGGCAUUGACCCCACAGGAACCUACCAUGGAGACAGCGACCUGCAGCUGGACAGGAUCAGUGUGUAUUACAACGAGGCCACCGGUGGGAAGUAUGUGCCCAGGGCCAUCCUUGUUGAUCUGGAACCAGGCACCAUGGACUCUGUCCGCUCUGGACCAUUUGGACAAAUCUUCAGACCUGAUAACUUUGUCUUUGGUCAGAGCGGAGCUGGAAACAACUGGGCCAAGGGUCACUACACGGAGGGGGCAGAGCUAGUGGAUUCUGUCCUGGAUGUGGUGAGGAAGGAGGCUGAGAGCUGUGAGUGCCUGCAGGGUUUCCAGCUCACACACUCCCUGGGAGGAGGAACAGGCUCUGGCAUGGGUACCCUGCUCAUCAGCAAGAUCAGGGAGGAGUACCCGGACCGCAUCAUGAACACCUUCAGCGUGGUGCCGUCUCCAAAGGUGUCGGACACUGUGGUGGAGCCGUACAACGCCACGCUGUCAGUCCACCAGCUGGUAGAAAACACAGACGAGACGUACUGCAUCGACAACGAAGCCCUUUAUGACAUUUGUUUCCGCACUCUCAAACUCACAACACCCACCUACGGGGACCUCAACCACCUGGUGUCAGCCACCAUGAGCGGCGUGACCACCUGCCUGCGUUUCCCCGGCCAGCUCAACGCCGAUCUGAGGAAACUGGCCGUCAACAUGGUCCCCUUCCCUCGUCUCCACUUCUUCAUGCCCGGCUUCGCCCCUUUGACCAGCAGGGGGAGCCAGCAGUACCGCGCCCUUACGGUCCCUGAGCUCACCCAGCAGGUGUUUGACGCCAAAAACAUGAUGGCAGCGUGCGACCCUCGUCACGGGCGCUACCUGACCGUGGCCGCCGUGUUCCGUGGCCGCAUGUCGAUGAAGGAAGUGGAUGAGCAGAUGCUGAACGUGCAGAACAAGAACAGCAGCUACUUCGUGGAGUGGAUCCCUAACAAUGUGAAGACGGCCGUGUGCGACAUCCCGCCACGUGGCCUCAAGAUGGCCGUCACCUUCAUCGGAAACAGCACGGCCAUCCAGGAGCUGUUCAAACGCAUCUCUGAGCAGUUCACCGCCAUGUUCCGCCGCAAGGCCUUCCUCCACUGGUACACCGGCGAGGGCAUGGACGAGAUGGAGUUCACGGAGGCCGAGAGCAACAUGAACGACCUGGUGUCCGAGUACCAGCAAUACCAGGACGCCACGGCCGAGGAGGAGGGAGAGUUUGAGGAGGAAGUGGAAGAGGAUGCCUAAGGAAGUCACAAGUUCUGCAAUACAGGCUGCAGAAGUUAUUAACCAAAAAGAAUUAAAAAACUCAAAAAAAGAGAAAAUCUCGUAAAAUGAAGGAGGACAGGAAGUUGAAGAAAGAAAUUGUGAAGAAGAAAUGAAAGUGAAAGUUGAAUGUGAGCGGAGAAAGAAAAGUAGAAAGUGAAACAGAAUAAGAAAACCAAAUUAAAGUGCCAUGGUUUUAUGUUAAUUUUGAUACCAAACAGCAAAGCAAACCGCUGAAACUGUAGAAAAUUCUCAAACCAGACACACAAAUUUACCUUUAUUUUCAUCACCUAAUAUUUUCAUGUUUUUACAGUAAAGUAAUGAGCAAUCUUUUAAGAUUUUUUGCCAAAUCUAAUCAACAUGACAUCAACUUUUGCAUUAGAAACAAUACAUCCAUCUGAAUAUAUGCAGUGAGAAAUCAGAGGUAUGUACUUUCACAAUUUAUUCCAGUAUUAUUAAAGCACUUCAACAAGGAUCAAAUCAGUGUAAGAUAACCAGUAAUUCUACUGUGACCUAGCAUUAGUACAGAAACUAACAGUGUUACAUCAGAGGUAAGUUUUAGAAGUGUAAAAUCAAGCCAUUAUAGUUGUUAAUCAUUUUUAUCAGUGUUUAUUUCUCUUGUUUUUUUUUUCUGUUGGUGAUAAAUGUGAAUUUUGAUAGUGUUUAGGUUGGAGAUCUGUCAGUACUUGAUCCCUACUGAGGUUUAAAUAUAGAGAUCAUGAACAAUAUCCCAGUAAAAGACAUCACUUUUACUGGAAAAAGCUUUUUUUUAACAUUCUAGUAUACA